AUGGGCCCCUGUACCGCCUCCUCAUGCUGCUGCCAGGCCCGUAAUCUGCCAUGGGCCCCCGUACCGACUCCUCAUGCUGCUGCCAGGCCCGUAAUCUGCCAUGGGCCCCUGUACCGCCUCCUCAUGCUGCUGCCAGGUCCAGAGUGUCUCAUGGGUCCCUGUACGGCCUCCCAUUGCUGCUGUCUCCAUCGCCACACUCUGCCAUGUGCCACUUUCAGGUCUCCUCACACUGCUGGUGGGUUCCAUUUUGUCAUAGGGUGCUGUAUGGCCUCCCAUUGCUGCUGCCUCCACCGCCACACUGUGGCUCCACACUCUGGUUUUGGCCCCGUGACUGCCCAAAUGAGUGAAGUGUGCGGUGAUUCUAAGAUCGACGGCACUCAUCUGCAUGUCAUACUGACUGACAGUAUUAUUUCUCUUCCCCAGCAGACUCCAAGGGCAUUUAAAUUAAAGGUACAGUGUUCUGCACUAAUAUAA